AUGGGUCGUCGUCACAGUUUUCUGAGUCCCGCUUCCCCUUCAAAGCGUGACGCAAUUUAUGGAAAUUUCCUUGUUUCCCAAAAAAAUCCUGGUUCAUUUCUUCAGAAACUCCCUCCGGGGUUUCCUUCAGGAAUUCACUCCGAGAAUCGCUCAGAGAUUUCUCCAGGAAUUUCUUCCGGAAUAUCUCCGGGAUUUUUUCAGUUAUUUCCUCUAAGAUUCCUUCAGCAAUUCCCUCAGUUAUUGCUCCAGAAUUUUCUUCCAGGAAUUUCUUGCGGGAUUCCUCCAAGAAUUCCUUCUAGGAUUUCUCCAGGAAUUCCUUCUGAGAUUCCUCCAGGAAUUUAUUCUGGAUUUUCUCCAGGAAUUCCCUCCGGGUCCGAGAUUCAUCCACGAAUUCUUUCUAUGAUUUCUCAAGUAAUACCAUCUGCGAUAUCUCCAGAAAUUACUACUGGGAUUCCUCCGGGAACUCCUCCUGUAAUUCCUUUAGAAAAUUCCUCAAUUCCUCCUGGAUUUCUUCGGGGAUUCUCCCAGGGGUAUUCUUUCGGGGAUUCCGUCAGGAAUUCCCCCCGAGAUUCCUCCGAGAAUUCCUCCCGCGAUUGCUUCAGGAAUUCCUCCGAGGAUUCCUCCAGGAAUUCCUCCAGGGAUUCCUCCAGGAAUUCCUCCGGGGGUUCCUCCAGGAAUUCCUCCGGAGAUUCCUCCAGGAAUUCUUCCGGGGACUCCUCCAGGAAUUUUUCCGAAGAUUCCUCCAAGAAUUUCUCCAUGGAUUUCUCCAGGUAUUCCUCUGGAGAUGCCUCCGGGGUUUCCUAUAUGUUUACCUACCGGGAUUCCUUCAGAAACUCCUACAGGAAUUCCGCCGUUGAUUCCUCCAGGAAUUCCUCUGGGGAUUCCUCCAGGAAUUAUUGCGGAGACUUCCCUAGAAAAUCCCUUAGGAAUCUCUGGUAGAAAUCCUGAAGGAAUUCCCGAAGGAUUUGUUGGAAGACUCCCCAAAGGAAUUCCUUAACCUUCAUUUUGCAUUACGUUAGGAACAGCUCUCUGGAGCAAUAAUCUCAUGAAUUCCUCGAGCAAAUCCCGCAGGAAUUCCUGGAGGUAUUCCCGAAAGAAUUUCUGUUGGAAUCCCCGAAAGAAGUCCUGAAAGAAUCCCCGGAUGAUUUACUGGAGGAAUGUCCGGAAAAAAAUCUCGGAACAAUUUCUGCUGGAAUCCCUGGAGAUACCCCCGGGGGAAUUCCUGGAGAAAUCACUAGAGCAAUCCCCGGAGAUAUUUCUGAAGAAAUUGCCAGAGGAAUUCCUGGAAAAAAUCCUAAAGCAAUGAUUGGAGAAACCCCGGAGGAGUUGCUGUAGGAAUCCCUGGAGGAAACCCCGAAGGAAUUCCUGGAGGGAUCCCUUAAGGAAUUCCUGGAGGGAUCCCCGGAAGCAUCCUCAGAGGAAUACUUAGAGGAGUGCCCGGAGGAAUUCUGAAGAAUUCUCCAGAAGAAUCCCGGUAGGAAUACCUAGAAAAAUACCCGGAGGUAUUCUUGGAGGAAUCCCUAUCAAAAAAUCCUGCAGGAUUCUGCGGGGGAAUUCCUGUAGGAAUCCCAGGAAGAAUUUCUAGAAGAAUUUCUGAAGGAAUUCCUGAGAGGUGUUCUAAAUGAACUCUGGAGAAAUUUUCGGAACCAUUUCUGUUGGAAUUCCUUGUGGAAUUACUGGAGGGAUUCCUGGAGAAAUUUGUGGAACAAUUCCUGGUAGAAUUCUUUGAGGAAUCCAUGGAAGAAGUUCUGGAAUUCCUGGAAAAAUCCUGGAAAAGUUUCCGCAAGACUUCCUGGAGGAUUUCCUAGAAAUUCCUGGAGCAAUCCUCGGAGAAAUUCCUGGAAAUAAUCCUGGAGGAAUCAUUUGAGAAAUUUCUGGAAGAAUGCCUUGAGGAAUUUCUAAAAGAAAUUCUGGAUUUUUUCCGGAAGAAUUCUUGGAAGAAUUCCUAAAAGAAACUCUUGGAAAAUUUUCUGGAAAAACUCCAGGAAGAAUUCUUGAAGAAUUCCUGGAAGAAUUCCUAGAGGAAUUUAAAAAAAAAACAAGAGGAAUUCUUGGAGAAACUCCAAGAUUUGGUGGUGCGAAGAUAAUAUUUGGAGCGUGGACGUUAACAAUAGAGAAAUGCUUCCUCACAUACAGUGCUGUCAUGCUAAAAUCAGAGCUGGUUACCCAAGUUUUCAAAAUAGCUGCGCCCCUUAUGAUGCUACGCCCCCAUAUAAAUAAUUCAAGCAUUGCGCUCAAUUUAACUAUUUUACUGUUCCCAAAAUAAAGCAAACUAGACAAUUUUCCCGCUCACAAAAAAGUGUUAGUCUUGGAUGUUAAAAUUGCGCUCAUCUUAUACCAAAAAAGGAUAAUAGAUUUUUCAGUUCCCAAAAUAUAAAGUGGCUAUCUCAGAUUCGAAAACAGCUCUCAUCAUAAAUCAAUAACAAUGUGAAAAUUCCUUCGCUUUUCAAUGAGCUGCGAUCUCAGUCGUAGAAAUUCCCUCAAAAUAUAUCAUUAACAAUGUAAUAUAUGAAAUUACGGAUUUAUGAUUUUGUUUGGACAAGUUUAAUCAUAUUUGAAAAAUAAUAGUGUAAUAGUUUUCAAUUUAUCAAAUUUGUUGGUCGGAAAAAAAUACAUAUCAUAAUUCAAAGAUAAGUGGUGUAAUAGCUGGAAACUUCAUAAAAUAAAAAAAAAAACUAGUGGUGAUAUCAGAUGAAAAACUUGCACUCAUAAUAUCAAGUAAAAUGUGACAAAUUUUAAUUCAAUUUAACUAUAUUCUAUUUAUACUAGAAAAUUGCUCUCAUCGCAAAUUGAUAAAAAUGUGAGAAUGUCUGUCUACCCAUUUAAAAUAAAGGAUUUGCAAUCUAAGAUGAUAAAAUAUCUUAUCUAAUUGAAAACAUUGAGACAAUUUUGAAGUACUUAAACAAAAUAAACGAGUUUGAAUGUUAGAUGAGACCAUUGCGCUCUUCAUACAUUAAAAACAGAACAUUAAUUUGUCGGCUCCCCAAAAUAGAAGCGGCGAUCGAGGCGGCGAUCUUAUAUUCAUAAAACUUCACUCAUCGGAUAGCCAUAUGAAACUUCGUCGCUCUUCAUAAUAAAAGAGUCGCGUACUUAGUUGGGAAAAUGUUGCUGUCAUAUUAAAUAGAUAAUUUGAAAAUUGCGCUCAUCAAACAUGUAAAAAUGUUCGCUCUCCUCAUAAUAUUAAAAAAAACUGAAAACUGAAACGAUUUCUGUUAACUGGCCAAAAGAGAAAAAACUUUCGCUAACUUAGAAAAAUUUGACCUACCCUAAUACGUUAACUACUUUGAAUUACCCUAAUGAACUAGAUGUAACUUGUUUUCCUUUCCAAGUAAACUUACACUACCACAACUAUAGGGCACUGCAUUGCUUUGAUUUUGUAUGGGAUUUUGACGUUUCUUGGCCUUGUUGUUUACAAAAUUUCUGUAGGAGUGAAAGAGAAGGAGAUAAUUUCAUGUAGUGCCCUAUAGACAACCUGUGUAACCCAGUCAGAACAGAAAAAAAAUGAGUCUAUUGCAAACAGUAAAGCUGUUCGGGCGCGUUCUUUCGUUAUUUUUCCCCGUCCGAAUAAUUCCCCGCGAGUUGGAAGUCCGCCAUAUUCGAAGUCCGCUGCGAAACCCUCGAAGGCCGGUUCCCGAGAUUUGGUCGGUUGUGAGCUGUGACCGGGACCGGAAAAAAUUCUGGAUUUUACAUGGUCCUUCGGCUCGGAUUUUCGGUUCGGUCGUUUUCCCGGUAUGCAAAAGUGCAAAUCCGUCCGACUCGUGUUACUGUGAAAUUACGCCAAGGAUUGGCUGACACCGACAAGGUGUAGUGAAAUUGAAUCCUCCACAUAAAAUUGUGCGAGAAACGGUGAAAAAAGUGCGAAAGUGGCUAAAAAUCGACGAAAUUCGGUCGAUAUCCGAAAUUGCGCAGUGAAAUUUCUCGAAGCGCCACCGAAAGAAAAGAGAAGUUCAAGGGCGGCCAUCUUGUGCCGAGAAAUUUCCACGAGAUUCAGCCAGGUUUCAGAGUGUGUGAGUGAAGGAGAUCCAACUUGGAUCACGAAGUACAGUGCCAGUGUAUUGUGGGGAAAGAAAGCAGAGAAGAUACGGCACUUGUGAGUGUAUUUAGUGGUGGCUACCCCGACCACUGCGGCUGAGUGGUACAGGCCAUCCAAGUGAGAAGAGAAUAGUGCGCCGUUCAGUUGUUGGUGUGUAUUCCCCACGCAGACCGAGGAUUAUUUGCGUGUAUUGACCAAUCCAAAUUCCUGUGUGGUAGUGGUUUGUGUUCAGAUUUCCCGUGUUAGUCUAUCUGUAAGAACUUUGUAAACAUCUUUUGUUCUCACGUAUAUGGAUAGGCUUACAUUAGGUUUCGUGAGACAUUUUUUGGACAACUCAAUGCUACCUGCGCCGCUGCUGUGUGCGUCGGCGAGAGCAGAGCAAAGAGCGAACUGCCGUUCGUUUGCUCGCGUUUCAUUUUCCACGCUGUUCCCGAGGAUUCUCUGCCAGCCAGCCACAACAAGGAUCGACUGCUGCUGCCGUCAUUGAGUGAGUACCUACGCUGCUUCUUUAUCAUUGCACACGACUCGCGUCGUGGUUCGUUAACCGGUCGGUGUCGGUGAGGUACGACUGUUCGUCGUCUCGUUUAGUCGGUUCGGUUGGUCGAGCCUAUUGCUGGCACGGAAAGAAAUUCGUUUCGUUUCGACUAUCGCGUUGAGCCACCGUAAAGACAAUGAUUAAGGUUGAGGGUGAUAAGCAAGCAGAUGUCCUGAGCAGGGUACCUGAUUUCCACUUUUCAUCUUCUUCCAUAUUCGAAGACAGUCAGCAGCGAACGGUUGUCGCUUUAGUUCGUGUGUAUGCUUGUCAGCGACGACAGCAAACUCCGGCGAACGGUGGGAAGCCACACUUGGAAAUUACUCAUUCGUCAACAUUCGCAUCGCAAGCGAAUGCGAUUCGUGAGUGAUGCGAUUGAUAUUGUGCAUACGAAUAUUUGAU